AGGUAUCAUCUUGCCGCCCCCACUCGCCACAUCUAUUAUAUUACUACUACUACUACUACUACUACUACUACUACUACUACUCUCCCAAGUCUACCAACCUACCUACCUACCUACUACUACCUACUACUACAUACUCACCAUGGACCUCGCCAGCUUGAUCACGAAUCACAGGCCUAACCCGGUCAAACCUCGUCAUCUUGAUCUCCAGACGCCGCCUCUACCCACAACCACGUCCAGCUCCUACUUCACGACCGCCGCCGCCGCGACCACCUCGUAUGUGCGCUCGCCGCAGCCGCCGUUAUCUCCUCCCGUCGAUGACCAGCCUAAAUGCUCGUUGCCUUCUAUCUCGACUCUCCUCGAGGGGGCCGAUAGCGCCUUUCAUUCAGCCAAACGCCCAAGAUACAGUCCUGACAGCGAAUCCCGCCGGUCUUAUCAGUCGUAUGAUCCAGUAACGGCGCAUCUUCCGCCUACUCCGCCGCUACGCCCUGGAUCGGGUUUCAGCAGCAGCAAUCACCCCUCUCCUUCCACCACCGUUAAGACCACCGAGCAGCAGCAGCAACAACAACCACCACCGCCGUACUCGCUACUCCCCAACCCGACAAUGGACCGCCCUUCGAUUUCCAGCCAGGGCUCGUCCGCUCGUCAUUCUCUCUCCGCAAUGCCCCAGUACCCAUCGCCAGCGUCGAGUGUGGCUUCGUACUCGUCACCCGUGGAACCGUCCCCCAGCUCGAGCACCUACUUCCAACGACCACAUGCCUCGAGCGUCUCAUCCAUCGCGACGACGAUAGCAACCACCGCUACCGCGUCUACUCCUACUCCGAGUGUUGCUGUUGCUGUUUCUACUACCGCGGCUGCUACUGCCAUCACCACACCCACCACACAGUCCACUCUCCCUUCUCCAUCCUCCCCGACAGGCCAACACCACCACCACCACCAGCAGCAGAUUAUCUCCCCCGUGACCCCAGCCUGGCAACAUCACCACUACUUCCCCCCAAGCAACACAGCGCCCUACCAGCAGAACCAUGAUCGGUACAUCUGCCGAACAUGCCACAAGGCCUUCUCGCGCCCUUCCAGCCUGCGCAUCCAUUCACACAGCCACACGGGCGAGAAACCCUUCCGCUGUACCCAUGCAGGAUGCGGUAAAGCCUUCAGCGUCCGCAGCAAUAUGAAGCGCCAUGAACGCGGUUGCCAUACCGGUCGUCCUGUCCAGGCGAUCGUCUAAACCAAAUCCUUUUGGUUUAUUUUAUUUGUUUAUCUUUCUUUUUCUUUUCUUGGUCUGGUCUACGUUUUAUGAUACCCUUUUUUUUUCAUUUCUUCAUUUGUAUCUUAUAUAUAUUCUUAUUUUUUUUUGUG